AUGGGAUAUGAGAGCUGGAGAGAAUUGGCUAAGGCUCUGGCAGACAGGAAUGUCCCAGUUGGGGACCCAAGCCUCCAGUUUUACUAUCCUCAGAAGCUGGGACACCAGAACCAAGAGCAGCAAAGAGGUGGGAAGAAUAAAUCAAAUUAUGCAGCUGUGGACAACCCUGUACCGUGGAUACCAGAGUUCCAGGGCCAGGCCAAUCUGCAUAUAUUUGAGGACUGGUGCGGCAGCUCCACUGAGCAGCUCAGGAAAAACCUCCACUUCCCCCUCUACCCCCACGCGCGAACUACACUGAAGAAACUGGCCGUGUCCCCAAAAUGGACCAACUACGGCCUCCGAAUAUUUGGCUACCUACAUCCUUUCACUGAUGGGGAGUUUCAAUUUGCCAUUGCUGCGGAUGACAAUGCUGAGUUCUGGCUGAGUCCAGAUGAAAAGAUCUCUGGUCUCCAGCUGCUGGCCAGUGUAGGCAAGACAGGGAAGGAGUGGACAGCACCAGGGGAAUUUGGGAAGUUUCGCAGCCAGCAGUCAAAGAUGGUGAGGUUGUCAGCUUCAGGCAGGUACUAUUUCGAGGUGCUACACAAGCAGGAUGACAAAGGAACGGACCACGUGGAAGUAGCAUGGAGACUGAAUGACCCAGAAGCGAAGUUCAAAGUCAUUGACUCCCAAUACCUCUCCCUUUUUGCUAACGAGACGCUUUUAAAGAUGGAUGAAGUGGGGCACAUCCCGCAGACGUUGGCCAGUCACACAAGCCGACCUGCUGACAAUGCAGCCAGCAAAGCACACCCAGCGGACAUGUUGAAGCCUGACCCCCGGGACACUCUUUAUAAAGUGCCUCUGCUCAGUAAGUCACGCCUGCGCCGAACCUUGCCAGACUGCCCUUACAAGCCCAGCUACCUGGUAAACGGAUUUCCUCUGCAGCGCUACCAGGGACUCCAGUUUGUUCAUUUAUCCUUUGUUUACCCGAAUGAUUACAGCCGCCUGAGCCACAUGGAAAAAGACAACAAAUGCUUCUAUCAGGAAAACCCUUAUUACUUGGAAAGAUUUGGAUUCUACAAGUACAUGAAAAUUGACCGACCGGAGAAGAGCCUGGACUCUGGAGAGAAGACAGAGCAGCCAGGCUUUCAGGAGGGGAACCUGGAUGACCUGCAGUACGCAGACCAGGAUGUGGAGAGUACCAGCUCCCCAGGGCACCCUGGUGCACGGAGGGCAGAGCUGGCAGGAAAUGCUCCCAGCAUGAUGGCAGGCUACGAUAAUGUUUACGAGGACUAUUCCCUCCGGGAGCAUCGUCGGCUCCUCUCAGUUACAGGCAGCAACAUAGGAGAGGCACUACAGAACAAAGGGGCGAAGAGAUCUGGCAUCAAAGCAGCCCCGUUGGCCUCCGCCAACCAAAGCCUCAGCCGGACUGGCCUAGAGAGGAACCCAUUAAUGAAAAGAAAACGUUUAAAAGCUGGAGUCAAGGACAACUCCAGGAGCCCUCCACAGCAUGCCAGAGCUGUCCAGGGGGGAGCACCAGUCAAAAAGACAAAGGGGAGCCCUCCUUCUACGACCUGGUCUCAAAAGGAGCAACCUCUCGGAGGCUCCAAGGACUCAGCGAGCAGGAUCGCCAAAGGGAUGAGGCCUCAAGUAGAUCUCAGUGCAGCCCACAGCAAGCUGCAGCCAACAGGCACUGUGCAAGCCAGGAGACAAGGCCCAAUCUCUGGUAAAGCAAGCAAAAAAGGUGUGAGUGCUGCCAGCCUCAGCAAGCAGCCUAUUCUGCAGGCGCAGUGGCUAAACCAAGUGGAGUCCUACAUUGCUGAGCAAAAGGCAGCCAAUGGUGGGGACGUGGGUGAGGGAGAGGCGCAGGUAGUGUCUCUUACAAAGAGCAAAUCUGGGCCUGUGGAGACAGCAGCAGAAGAGGAGGAGGAAGAGGUGGAUGGGGAACCAGAGGAAGAUGAGGAUGGGUUUGAUUAUGUACCAGUGUUUGACCAGGCAGUGAACUGGGAGCAGACCUUCAGCAUGAGCAACUUGGACUUCCAUAUGCUGCGGACAGACUGGAUUGACCUGAAAUGCAACACAUCUGGAAACUUGCUGCUAAAAGAGCGGGAGGCCAUGGAAGUCACUCGUGUCUUCCUAAAGAAGCUCAACCAGAGGAGUAAAGGGCGGUUCCAGCUGCAGCGUGUUGUGAAUGUGGAGAAACGCCAGGACCGCAUGCGAGGGAGCCGCUACCUGCUGGAACUGGAGUUGCUGGAACGGGGAGAGCGGCUUGUCCGCUUCUCAGAGUACAUCUUUGCACGGGGCUGGCAGGGCAUCAGCGGGGAUGAGCAGGAGGAGAGGAACAUGAGGAACCUAGUGUGGGGUCGCCAGCGGCACCUGAUGGCCAUGGCUAAUGAGCCAGAGCUGUGCUGGCCCCAGGGCUUCACCUGGAACCACCGUGCGGUGGUUCACUUUGUCGUGCCAGUGAAAAACCAGGCACGUUGGGUGCUGCAGUUCAUUUCUGACAUGGAAGAGCUGUUCAGAGUCACUAAGGAUCCAUACUUCAAUGUCAUCAUCACAGACUACAGCAGCGAUGACAUGGAUGUAGAGAAGGCUCUGAAAAGGUCUAGCUUACACAGCUAUCGGUACUUGAAGCUGACAGGGAAUUUCGAGCGUUCUGCUGGGUUGCAGGCAGGGAUAGACCUUGUGAAGGACCCACACAGCAUCAUUUUCCUGUGCGAUCUCCACAUCCACUUUCCAGCUGGAGUCAUUGAUUCAAUUCGGAAGCACUGCGUAGAAGGCAAGAUGGCAUUUGCACCCAUGGUCAUGAGAUUGCACUGUGGCAUGUCCCCACAGUGGCCUGAUGGCUACUGGGAGGUGAAUGGGUUUGGUCUCCUUGGCAUAUACAAGUCUGACUUGGACAAGAUCGGAGGGAUGAACACAAAAGAGUUUCGGGACCGCUGGGGAGGAGAGGACUGGGAACUCCUGGACAGGAUUUUACAAGCUGGCCUGGAAGUGGAGCGUCUCUCCCUGAGGAACUUUUUCCAUUGGUUUCACUCAAAGCGGGGCAUGUGGAACCGACGCCAGCUGAAGACAUCGUAGCCUUCAAUUGCAAAGCUGCCUGUUAGAGUCAUCCACCGUCUCACCCCAGCAAGCACUUUAUCUAGGCACACAGCUGAGCGCGCAUGCUCUUCCUCUCUCUCCAGAGCCCUCCUGUGAGACAGCACAGCGGAAGAAGGGACAGUCAGACUAGAGGAGCAGGAACUUCUCUUGGGAGCUAUUGCAUCCAAGAUGUGAGUUCCUUGUCUUGCUGGGAAGUUGUGUGGGGGAGCUUUAGCCAAGUGAAGGACUCAUAUUUCCUGCCAUGCAGGCUGGAUGGUACAGUGGAAGAGGUUCUUGUUGUGUCUUGCAUGGUGCAAAGCAAAAAUGAAAAAAUCUCAGCUAAGCCCAGAAUGGAUUAUUUACAGUAAUGCAGCUUUUCUUUUAAUACUUGAAGAAAAAAAAAGGCAAAAAAAAGCUAAACAACACACAGGCUCGCUGGUAUCCAUGCUUUUGAACAGGGGACCAAAAUAAGUUCUGUAAAUUGGCACGUGUGUCCACACGCCCAUGUGCUGACCCAGCAAAGUCUGGUUGAGGAAGAACUGAUAGGCACUUUAGGCUGUCGAUGCUUAGACAUUUCUCUGUGCUUUUCACUUCAAUCAUUAGGAAAAAACGCGCUCGUAUUCAGCAAGAUAUGGGCUAUGGAUGGAGACUGAAGUAUGUUUCCCUUAUGAAAGCCAUGUUGGCCUGCUGCUGGGUGACAUGGCAGGGGUUGAUGUUACAACUCCACCUGAAUUAUUUAUCCUGAGGCUAACCUGAGGCUAGUGGAGGGGUCAUACAGAGGCUCUAGGAGGGCACCUCAGGAGGAACUUAGCAGCCUUAUCUGACAGAUGUGUGUGUUUGUCCUAACGAUAUCAGGGAAACCCUAGCAGGGAAGAAGUGGCAAUAUUUUAUUAGUUUAAAAUUGUGAUUUUGUUAGAAAAAGAGGAGACAGAGUAUUCUGCUCUCUAAAUCCUGUACAUUUAUGCAGCAUCUAAAGGUUAAUUUAAUAAGUUAUGGCUUCACAGUUAUGUCCUGUCAUAGUUUGACUUUUACAUAAAGAGCAGGCUUGUUUAUGUUGAAGAACAGGCACAGCUAUUGGUGCUUCGUUUCUGGAACAGUCCUGGGAGCUCUGGCCUGGUGCUGAGAAGGUGGCCUCAGGACUUGGCGCUUGCACUGGGAGCAGAGGAGCAAUGAGGAUAGGAGAGGGCUGAGUGAAUAAAAGGAUGGGCAGACCGAUGCCAGCAUUGAUGAAAAAACUGUGGAAAGAGCCCCUGCUCACAGUUGGCCUGCCUCUAGGUUGACUUCUCAGCCCCUGAAACUCCUGCCUGUGCAAGGCAAGAUUUUUACUCCCAGCAACCAUUUUACAGGACUGUAGAAGCACAGAGAUCCACAGCACAGUCGGUGCUCUGCACUGGAGCUUCAGUUUCUCCUAACCAUGCUGAAAAGGCUGCUACUGAUCUCAAGCAUCAGGAAGAGUAUGACAUAGGAUGCUGCUCAUGGCUCCCAGCUCUGUGAGGAUUCAUUGAAAACGAGUAAUGAAGAUCUAUAGGAUACAAGCAGUGCUGACUUGGUACUAGAAUUGUUUGCUUUUACACUGAUGGAGCGGAUGCCAAUGCAGAAUAAGUUUUCAUUGAUUAUUAAUUCUGCGGUGCUUGACAAGUUCAUCAAGUCCCACUAUUGCAAGCAGAAAACUGAACAUACACGUUCUGGCACAUGGGGUAUAAAUCUCGUGAGAUCAUCGGUUGCCUCAGUGUGAGUUCUGUGGCUGGUGGAGUCAGAUUUGAGAAAGGUAUACUGUGCAGUGUGCAGAUAGGGUGAAAAGUGCAUGAGAGACUGCUGUAUCUCUUAAUUCAUGAAGUCUUUGUCAGAAUUUAGACAUUGAAUAUCUAAGAAGAGGCAGCCUUUAUCUUCUGCUCAAAUCGUAGCAAUCUUUUUAAUGAGGGAAGGGAGUUUUCACACGUAGAGGCUAAGCAAUGAAAUGCUGCGGUUCUGGGGCGAGGGAAGAGGCUGACAAAUGGCAACUUUUUUUUUUUUUUUUUUUUUGUUAAUGUAAUACUGGAGUUUAAGAGGCCGAGGCCUGUGAUGCACUGUUGCAAUAAGCUCUGUUUCUGCCUGGCACGUGCAGCGUCAGUUGCACGCCGAGUGCGUGUCGGAACCUGUGCUUCGCUCGCCGACACAACCCCACGACUAAGCAAGCAAGUCUUUCGCCAGACUCUGGGACUGCAAGUUUCACAGCUUGUCUGAACUGGCUCUAUCAAGUAAUUCCUGUGGGACGGGGAGAGGUUGGUGGAGAGGACAAGCAGCGGGGGUGCAGGGAGUUAUUAACAGAACUCAGCAGUUCUGCCCCAGGAAGCCGAGAAGAGCAUUAUGCCUGUUCUGCAGAUGGCUUCAGGGAUAACCCUUACGCUAUACACAGGGAAGAAGUGUUGUUCAUACCAUAUGCUUUCACAGCUGGCUUAGAUGUGAUUUGUAGCUCCUGAAGUCAGCACCCUUCAUUCAUCUACACACAGUGGAGAGAAUUAGGUGCUUCCAGAAGGUAAUUCACAGGCCCUGCCUUGAUUGGUAUGAGUAACUCCUCUUCCUCACCAGAGAGGAUGAUCAGCAAAGAGGGGGCUAGCAAAUAGGGUGCAGCCCUCACUCCAUCACUGCCAGCACAAUCUGAGGACUUCACCCCUGUGCUUCAGCUGCCCAGGACCCUGUGUUCCUUCCUUCAUGCCUUUUCACCCAGACCAGUAGCGAACAGAACUGUUUACCUCAUAAGGACUCCUUGGUGGAUAUGAAAGGAGUUAUUGGGUCUCAGUCCAGUUUCCCAAGGGCCAGUAUCCCCGGUGUAAAAACUGCCGUCACAAUUGUUCUUCUGUUCCUAGCACAAUGGUACCCCAUUCUUAGUCGGUCUUUAUACGUUGGUGUUGUAAAGUUGAUUAAUACUAAUUGGCACUAGUUGGCAGCCUCCGUGGAGGAGCUUGGAGAGAGCCCGUGGGGACGGACCUUGUCUUCCUGCUUGCAAGGUGCCUGCUCGGACUGCCGUGGGCUGUAAGAUGAGAGUGGGCUGCACAUGCCACAACUUACAGGCCAGCGUGAAAUCUUGCAGGAGCACUGCCGGGCUUUGCCUUGGGCUGUUGCCCCUGCUCCUAAACAGCCUCUAUUUUUUUCCUCCUCCAAGCAAAGUUAUGAAGAGCAGGAGAGCAGGGAGCGCUGCAGGAACGGCAAGACCCACAGCUGUGCGGUGACUGGGUACAGCAGGGCAGAGCUGUAGCCCAGCCGUCACAACCCCACCGGCAGCUUACCUCUGGUUGGCAAUCAUUUCCUGCACCGCCAUAUGGCUGAUAGUCUUGCACAGCGUUUGCUACCACUGCAAAGAAGGCUUAUCUCAGGAAUCUGCACAACUGCCAAGGAGCUGGAGGGAAGCUGCCUUUACCAAAGCAGGGAAGCUGACUUCCCCAUAAAAUCAAUCUUGUUUCUGUCACAGGGAUUUCUUAGGGAGCUUUGCCUGAGUUUGCAGUGAAGUUUGCCCUGCAGUUCUGGCCUUCAUAUGCUUCCUGGCUGUGUCCUGACUCAAUGGCAGGAGGUUGCACAUGCUUUCCUGUGUACCAGACAUGCAGGCAGGAAGGGAGCUGCUCCAGCAUAUGUCUGGUCGAGGACAGCUGGAGAAUGAUGGGGCAUGCUGCAGAACAGAUGUUCCCUGCAGCUAGGAUGUUGCCAGGCCGGGGACCCUGGCCCCAGAAUUGUGGGGUGCACUGAAAAGUGGCUCUGCCCACAAAUGCUGACUCUGUCACCAGAACUUUUCCAUUCCUAAAUGAAUUAUGGCCUGCAGUUCAUUUGCAGUUCAAUAAAGGGAAUGAAGAAGGACUGGGUUUUAUUAUAAGAUAAAUGUAUUGUGUGAAAAUAAUAAUGUGACAUGUUUUGUCAUUGUCUUUAAUGUUCUCCUGGUAUGAACAUCCUGCCUUCUUCUCAUUGUCUAUAAAUGUCUAAGUUGUUCGAGUUUUUUAGAUACCGAUGCCUUGUGUUUAAAAUCUGGAUUGUACCUUCUCUGCCUUAAAGUGGCUCUGUGCCUUCAAGGUGACUCCUGAGCCACUCUCUGUUAGAAUCGGGGGAUAUACUAGUUCUCCCCCACAUUUUAUAAAUACAUUGUCUUCCUACAAGAGCUCAGUUCUCUCUGUGUGUUUCUCGCACACCUGCCAUCCCCACACAGCACAGGCUAGAAAUCAGAUGUUCCCCCUCUUGUCUCAUAUAAUUAAAGCCUCCUCUUGUCUCAUACAAUUAAAGGUGUAAUCAAUGCCGCAGAGACAGGUCACUCUAUGCAAGCCAGCAAGAGCUCUGCAGCUGCUGGUGGCAGGCAAGAAAGGGAGACAUGGCAAGCAUGGUUAGCCAGGAGUGAGACCUGUUUUAGUCCCCUUUAGGCAAAGUGCUGUAGAGAGUGGGAUGGUAACAAACAGGCUUUCUCCUAGAUUCCUGGGAUUUAUUAAGUGGAACAGGAUACAAAUGCUGGAUAAAUAUAUGUCCGAGCAAAGCAGGAGUGUUGUAUGAUGCUGGAGAGGGAAUACAGAGAAGAAAGUCAUCUCUCUCCCAAGCAGGGGCCAAUUCAUGGAGUAGAGCCUGCAGGAGACAGCCUGGACCUGAGCUCAGUCCAUGGUGCAGCCUACACAAAUGGGAUGACGGCUCUUUCGUGGCAACAGCUUAUCCAAGUUAGAAUUGUGGCCCCUUUUCCCUUCAGCCCUGCCUCCCUUGAGCAUGAACAGCUUGGCACGAAUGGGAGACAGACACAGAGAGGCAAAAAGGCAGCCAAGGUUGCUAAUGAGUCUGAUACCAUUAAAAUGAGAAACAAUUAUUAAAGGCGACAAGGGGAAAAGCACUCCAGUGCACUGCUGGUCUUUUGCUUUCCUGUGCUGGAUAACAGGAAGCCUGCUCGGCUCAGAGCUUAAAUACUGCAGUACCUCAUCUGGCAGCUCUCUACAAGACUGAUAUUGAAGUUACGAUUUGGUAAUGCAUCUCCCCUCAAUGCUUCUUCCCCAGCCGAUGCUAGUUUUUUACAUUCAGUCCUCAGUACUAAUCGCUUUGUCUCCUGCUCUGUGAAGCAAGAGUCAUGGGAUUUGGAUUCUGCAAAAAAAGCUCUGGUUGGCAGAGCUCAGAGGGUUGUGGUCAGUGGCGCAGAGCCUAGUUGGAGGCCUGU